AUGCCACUAGACGGCCGUCAUGGCGGCACGUUAUUACGUUUUCAACUUCUUGAUAGUCUGCGCAGCGACGCAUCCGCGCGAUGGUGGCGCAGGCGAGCGCGCCCGGCCGUCACCGCCGCGCCGCGCAGCCGCCGCCGCCGCCCGCGCAGCAGUAGGAGCCCGCCGCCAUCGCCGCCACCACCACCACCCGCCGUCACUCCGCCGCCACCCCACACUCACCACUUAACUCACCGCUCCCAACCCCGCCCCCGUCCCGCCCCGCCCCGCCCCGCCCCGCCGUGUGCAGCCUCCAGAGCUUCUAUGUGUUGGCAGCCUGUGUGUCCAAUGUUGUUGUUGACG